AGAACAAUCACCAUACAAAUCCCUUGGUCAUGGCGGAGGUAGUGAAGCUGCUUGGAGCAUGGUCCAGCCCAUUUGUUUUCCGAGUGAUAUGGGCACUAAAAAUAAAGGGCAUUCCAUAUGAGUUCAUAGAAGAAGAUGUUACCAACAAAAGUCCUCUGCUUCUGAAGAAUAACCCUGUUCUUAAGAAGAUCCCAGUGCUUCUCCAUGGCGAAAAACCAGUUUGCGAGUCCAUGAUUAUUGUCGAAUACAUCGAUGAGAUAUGGCCCCAAAAUCCCUUGUUGCCCAAUGACCCUUACGAGAGAGCUCUGGCUCGUUUCUGGGUCAAAUUUACCGAGGAUAAGUGUUCUUCAGUGUGGCAAAUCUCUCUCGCUCAAGGUGAAGAACUUGAGAAGAGAGUGAAGGAAACCGUGGAUUUGUUGCAAACUGUAGAAGAGCACGGGUUAGGGGAGAAGAAAUUUUUUGGUGGCGACAACGUAGGGAUAGCAGACAUAGCUUUUGGUGCAGUUAUUCACUGGUUGAAAAUCAUUGAAGAAAUAGUAGGGAUAAAAGUAUUUGAAGCACAUAAAUUUCCUCGCCUGCAUGAAUGGAUUGAAAAUUUCAAGCAAUUGCCUGCAGUUAAAGAAAACCUUCCGGAUUGGGAUUGGAUUGUUUCCUACUUUAAGAGUCACAGAGAAGAGAGGCUUGCAUCCGCCUGAUCGCAGUUAUACUGGCAAUAAUAAAAUCUGUGUUCUUCAGUGUUCCGGGGUUCUGGAUCUGUGUCCAGUCUCUUCUUGCCUUCGUGUCAUCUUUGAGCUGUUUGUGGUUUGUUCUUUCUUGUGUUGGGUCUCGCCCUCCGUUUCCUUUGUGUGGUCGUUUUGUACCUUACAUGCGUGAAAUAACAAGGAAUAGAGGACUCCAUAGCUUCUGAUU